AUGGCACUGGACCUCUGCAGGCGGGAGUUCCUCUUCCAGGCAGCAGCCAGGAGUGACCAGCUUUCCAAGCAGCGCUUGCAAGAGGAGGAGCUGAGCUCACUCCGUGAUCAGCUGCAGCUUGUGGCAGAAGCAGCUGCCUCCGCAUGCUCUCAGAGGAUCCAAGAAGACCAGCGCUGCCUACGCGAGCUUGCCAGCACGCGAUCGACCCUGCUGCGCUUGGCCGCGGACCUCCACGCCGUGCGGGCGCAGAACGCCGAGCUUGCCGUCUCUGCUGGCCAUGCCUCGCGACACCGCAAGGAGCACGUGGAACUGCGUGGGGAGGUGGACCGACUCCGUCGAGCCGUGGCGGAGGCCACGGCGAGCCGUGAUAGGCUGCAGGAGCAGGUGGUGGAGCUGGAGGAGAAGGCCGCCUCUCGGAACCGAUUGGCACUUGCCUACGAGGAGGGAGCCCAGGAUCUCCGGACCGAAUUGAGACACGCCCUGCGCCAUCUGCAGGAGGGGGAGGAAGAGCAUGCGCUUGUGGAGGAGUCCUGGGGUGCCAGCUCCAGCGGCAGGUCCGAGGUGUGGGAGCCGCUCCAAGAAGGUGCGCCCAUGGAUGGACUCUGGAGGCGCCGCGUGACCUCCUCCUCAUCCUCGCGGCCGAGGCGCUUGGGCUCGGCUGCACCUGGGGAUGCCACCUGGCGGUUCAAGUGA